AUGCUUAAGCAUAAGUAUGCUUUAUACAGAUGUAUAAGAACCAUAUUAAUAUCAUUACUAAUAUAUAUAUGGUUAAGUAAAAAUGUUAUGACAUAUAAUAGAAAUAUUAAAAGAAGAAACAAUAUUUGCUUUUACAUAUAUAAUAAUAAGAUUAAUAAUAAUAUAUAUGAUUCAACAUUUUUUAAUAAUAUAUAUAAGAAGAAAAAACAAAACAAAAAAAAUUGUCAUGUGAACAAAAUUAGGAAUCAACAUUUGGUAGAACAUAUAUAUAAUAACAAGGAUAAUAACAAAGAUUUAUCAUGUGAAAAUGAUUUAUUAAAACAUUUAGAAAUAUUAUAUCAACAAUUUUGGGAAAGAAAAUUAGAACCAUUUAAGAAUGUACCAAAAGAAAGAAACAAUAUAAAUAAUGACGAAAAUAAAAUUAACAAUUUUUCAAUAAAUAAUUUAUAUCAUUAUAUACAAUCCACACACCCAUCAGCUUUACAAAAUGUUAAAUUUAUUUAUCAGGAUAGAAAAAAAUAUACAUUCACAAAAAAUAAAAUAUCUGAAGCUUUUAUAAAUAAUGCACAAGUACAAAUUGAACCAAGCUUAUUAAAAAAUUUUACAAACCAUGAAGACCAAAAUAAUUGUGAUACCCAAAAUGAAAUAACUGACGAUAAUAAUAAUAAUAAUAAUAUUAAUAAUAAUAAUAAUAAUAUUCAUAAUAAUCAUAAUAAUAAUUAUAAUAAUAAUAAUCAUAAUAAUAAUAAUAAUAGAUGUAAUGAUUUAGUAAAUGAUUCUAUAUUAUGUAUAACCACAAAUAAGGAUAUAUCCAAAUAUCAAAAAAUUUGCAGUAUACCUAAUAAUUAUAUUAUUAAUUAUGAUAACAUAAUACAAGAAAUACAAAUGUUCGUAAACCAUUUUAAUAAUAAUUAUAAGGUCAAUUAUUUAAAAUAUAUCUUUAAAAAUAACAUAGAUGAAGAAAUUAAUAAAUUAGAUUCUAUUACUAUCCUAUUAUAUGAUAUAUAUAAAAAACAUAAUUAUUUUUUAAAUUUUAUCAAAAAUUAUAAUUCGUCUUCUAUAUAUUUAAAAUACUGGGAUAUUAAAUUAACACUCGUUGUAACGUACAUACAUUUUAUAUCAAAAUAUAUUAACAUAUUACUUUAUGUGUACAAUUUUAAUAAUACACUUUUUACAAUAUUACAUAAAUAUUAUAUUGAACAAAUAAAAAAAAAAAAAAAUUGGGAAACACAUGCUUCAAAUAAUUAUAAUCAAAAGGUUCAUAGUAACGAUCUAUCAAGUGGUCACAAAAAUGUAAAUAAUAAUGAAAAGAUUAGAGAUAUAAAGAAAAAUAUAAAUAUGAAAAAAUAUAAUGAGAUAAACAAAAAAGAUAUGUGUAAUAUUAAUGAUAUAAAUGAUUUAUAUAAUAUAUAUAAUUAUAAUAGUUAUAUGGAAAAUGAAAUAGAUUCAUUAUAUAACUCAUCCGAUUUUAUUAAUAAUAUACAUUCCUUUAUUGAAUGUAAGACAUCAAACAUAUUAAGAAAUUAUUCAACAUUUUUUUUUUAUAAAAAUUAUGAACAUUAUAUUCAAUAUAUUGUAAACAAAGAAAAAUUAAAUCACUUACCAUUAUAUUAUAAGGAUUCCUCUUUUUAUCUUUUUAAUAAUAACAACAUAAAAAACAUCAUACUGUAUAGAAAACAUAUGAUUCAUGAAUUUAUUAAAAUGUGUACAUCUCAAGAAAAUCAAGAUGAACCAAAUUUUCAAUUUAUUGAUAAAAAUAUUAUACACAAAAUAUUAUUUACUAAUAAUAAAAUUUUUAUUGAACUGGAUAAAAUAAUAAAUACUAAUAUACAUCAAAAUGAACAACAAAAAAAUAAUACAUAUAAAUUUGGAACGCAUACAUUAAGGGAAGAUCAAGAAUUGAAUAUUAAUGAGUUAUAUAACUUUAUAAUGUUACGUUUUUAUGAAUAUGAUAAAAAUAAUGGUGAUAAUAAUAAUAAUGAUAGAAAUAAUAAUCGUUAUAAUAACAAUAAUGGUGAUAAUAAUAAUGAUGAUAGAAAUAAUAAUGGUUAUAAUAACAAUAAUGGUGAUAAUAAUAUUUAUAAUCAUAAUAAUAAUAUAUCAUGUAAUAAAAAUAUUAAUAUAAAUGAAUAUUAUAAUCAAUCCUUUGAAAAAUUGAAAGAUGGAAUUAAAAAUACAAUAAAAUAUGUAGCAUAUAAUAACUCCAUAUUUAAUUUGUUUGAAAAUAUUUUUAAUUACGACUUUGUAAUGCAUAUUUAUUCUUAUGUGUGUACUCAUGCCAUAAAAAUGAAAUCACCAUUAAAUUUAUAUCCCUCAAAUGAUGAUACAACAAAUUGUAUAGAAAAUAAAAUGAAAAAAAAGUACGAUACACAAAAUAAAGAAAAUACCUAUAGACUUAAAGACAAUAUUGUAAACAGUAGUAUAAAAAUGAAAGAUGAACAAAAAAAUAUUGAAGAAUUAUUUAUAAAAGAAUGUUCUGAUUUUAAUUUUAAUGAAUAUGAACAAAAAGAAAAACAAAACGAAAACAAAAAUAAAAAUAUGUGCCUAAUACCAAUCAUAGAUGUAUGCAAUCAUAGUAGUCUUUCAAAUAAUUCAACAAUAAAUAAAGAAGAACUUCAAUAUACAGAAAAAAUAAAUGAUGAUGUAAAAAAUAUGAUGAAUCACGAAGAUUCUGUAUCUCUUUAUGAUGAAGAAAAAAAAAUAAAAAAUAAUAAAUGUAUUGAUAAUAAUGAUGCUAUUAAGAAUAACCACAGCAGACAGAAUAACCUCACCAGCCAGAAUAACCACACCAGCCAGAAUAACCACACCAGCCAGAAUAACCACACCAGCCAGAAUAACCACACCAUACAGAAUAACCACACCAUACAGAAUAACCACACCAGCCAGAAUAACCACAACCAACCUUUAAUACCCUCUUCCAUUAUACAAAAUAUCCAAAGUGUUCAUUUGGUGAGCUCAAGAAACAUCGAAGAAGGUGAAGAAAUCACCAUAAGCUAUGGAAAUGUUAACAACGAUCUUUUAUUAUUAGAAUACGGUUUUAUUGAAAAAGAAAAAGAAACGAAAGUGUACUUCCAUUUUGAUAUAAAAAUUAUAAGGGAAAUUAUUAUACAAAUAUUAGGAGUUGAUAAGCUUCCUUUAAUUAUGUUAGAUAGCUUAGAACAAGUAAAAGUAAACUUAUUUAAGCAACUCAAUAUUAUUGAUGAUAAUCAAAGUGUAUAUCAACGAUUUGAUACAAAAAAUUUGGAAAGUGCACAUAUUACAAGAAAAAAAAAAGAAAUCUUUAAUGAUUAUCUAAGAAAAAAUAAAUAUUUUAAUGAAUAUAAUAUAUUUACAAUAAAAGAUCGUAUUAAUAAAUUUCUUAUUGAUGAAAAAUUACAACAUGAUUCUAGAAAAAAAAAUAAAAAAAAUUAUCUUUAUAUUGGUUCUAAUCAUAUUGUUGAUCCUAUUUUAUUAGCUACAAUCAGAAUCAUUAUAUAUGAUGAUAUAAAUCACCUUUCUAAAGUAAACAUAAAUCACUUAACUUCAUGGGACCAUUUUUUAUCUAUCGAUUCUGAAAUGGUCGUUAUACAAAUAUUAAUAAAAUUAAUAGAUGAAAUUAUUUAUGAACACUUCUCUCAUAUUAAUUAUGAAUAUAUAUUAAAACAAGGUUUCAUAAAAUAUGACGACUUAAAAUUUCUACACAAUAAAUUCUUACAAAUCAAUAUGUUACACUCUCACAAAUCUAUAAACCUAUCACAAUAUAAUAAUUUUUUUAUAACUAUAUAUAAUAUUCUCAAAAUUAAGGAAUUAAAAAAUGCUAAAGAUAAACUUAAUCAAAAAUUUACACAAAUCAAACAUCUUUUCAAUGAACAAAACAAAAAUAUAAUAAAAUAA